UACUGACUCAUCUACCGGAUUAGGAGCAGCACUAACUGAGGAACACUCACCGAAUACUUAGACAGACACCGUCAAAGGCCAAGAUGAGGAACAUAAAACGAUAUUUCACUAAAGCAUUGCAUCGAAUUCAGAAGGGGCCGGGGUAUACGUACAAAGAGUUGCUUGUCUGGUUCUGUAACAAUACAAACACCCAUGGUCCCAAACGCAUCAUCACCGAAGGACCAAAGAAGAGGGUGAUGUGGUUCAUGCUGACUCUGGUCUUCGCAAGUCUUGUUUUCUGGCAGUGGGGGAUUUUAAUCCAAACCUAUCUCUCCUAUGGCUUGAGUGUCACCCUUUCUAUAGGAUUCAAAGCCAUGGAAUUCCCAGCAGUGACCGUCUGCAAUGCCAAUCCAUACAAGUAUUCAAAGGUGAAACAUCUUCUGAAGGAUUUGGAUGAACUAGUUGAAACCGCCUUGGAUCGAAUCCAAUUAUUGAGUCCCAGUAACUCCAACACAUUGCUUCCAAAUAGUACCAGUAACAUGACCUUAAACAGUAGUUUGUGGAUCAACAUACCUUUAGUGCUCAUUGAUGAAAACGAUCCAAACAACCCCAUUAUCUAUAAUAUUUUCAACUCAAGUACCGAUUAUUCGACCACAAAUGUUAACAGUAACCUAACUUCCUAUGCUCAAAGAUACAAAAUCGCAAUAGAGUUGUGCUCCAACAGUGGUACGACUUGCGUCUACCGGAAUUACACCAGCACAAUCCAAGCCUUAAGUGAAUGGUACAUGUUGCAAUUUUCAAAUAUCCUUUCCAAAGUGUCACUUGCAGAGAAAAAACAAAUGGGUUUCCAAGGAGAAGACAUGAUUCUGACGUGUUUAUUUGGCGGACAGACCUGCAGUUACAGAAAUUUUACUCAAAUUUAUGAUCCUGAUUAUGGAAACUGUUAUAUCUUCAACUGGGGCCAGGAAGGUGAAGAACUUUCAACGGCUGCCAAUCCAGGAGCUGAUUUCGGAUUGAAGUUGGUCCUAGACAUUAAUCAAGAUGAAUACAUCCCAUUUCUCCAGACAACAGCCGCGGCCAGGUUAAUCCUUCACCAACAGAGAAGUUUCCCGUUUCUCAAAGACUUGGGGAUUUAUGCCAUGCCGGGCACGGAGACUUCCAUCGCUGUACUUGUGGAUGGAGUCCAGCAUCUAGAAGCCCCGUAUACUACAUGCACUGUCAAUGGUUCUGAUAUUCCAAUUUCUAAUUUGUAUGCUGAAUACAACAGCUCCUAUUCUAUCCAGUCAUGUCUCCGAUCCUGUUUCCAAGAACAAAUGGUGGAAAAAUGCAAAUGUGCCUAUUACUUGUACCCACUACCGUCAGGAUUUAAAUACUGCAACAACGAGGAGUAUAUUGACUGGGUGCCUUGUUAUAACGAAUUGAGGGAUUCUGUGGCUGACAGAGAGAUUUGUAUUGGUUAUUGUCAGCAGCCAUGCAACGAUACUCAGUAUAAAAUGACCAUAUCCAUGGCUGACUGGCCAUCUACAGCAGCAGUGGAUUGGAUUUAUCAUGUCCUGUCUUUUGAAAAAGAUUCCAGCACGGAGAUCACUGUUAAUCGAAAUGGCAUCAUGAGAUUGAACAUUUACUUUCAGGAGUUUAACUAUCGGAACAUUGCAGAGUCUGCUAGCACCAACGUGGUUUGGCUACUAUCAAAUCUGGGAGGACAAUUUGGUUUCUGGAUGGGUGGUUCCGUCUUGUGCAUCAUCGAGUUUGGAGAGAUUAUUAUUGAUUGCAUCUGGAUCACUAUACUCAAAAUUCUGGCAUGGCAAAAGGACAGGAAACAAAGGAGAAAACGACCUGAUUAUUCUGAUCCUCCUCCAACUAUAUCUGAGCUGGUGGAAAGUUACACAAAUCCCGCAUUCGUAAGUGAGGACAAUGGCGAAAUACACAUGGACAUGCCAGGCACUCCAGGAAUACCUGGAACUCCUCCUCCACACUAUGACUCUCUACGAGUGCAAUCAUUCGAUGUUAUUGAACCUCUAUCCAGUGACGAAGAGAUGGACAAUUAAAACAUUAACUCCUAUUAUUUCAAAUGAAAAACAUUAGUAACCCGUCAAUCAAGCAAUAUCUACGUAAUCAGAAUUAAAGUAGAUCAGAUGUUAAUCAUGUAUUUAUCACAGGGUUUUUUCAUAAGGGAGGUGAAAUUUAAUCUACCUGGUAUGGCCAAAACCAGUGUCCAGGAAGAGAACACCCUAGAAUUAAGGUUACAUCAACUGUGACACUUUAUUAUCAUUCCAAUGAAAACAUUAUUAAGCAUAUGAAUAGUAUAUGGGCUGAAUAGAUUGUAAUUAUAGGAAACACUGUUUAGUUAUGUGGUGUUAAAUCUUGUUUCAUUCAUGGGAUUUUAUUGUGUUUGUAUAAAAUUGCGCAUUACUUAUU